AUGUUCAGACAAGUCAAAAGACGUACAGCAGGACGAAGAAAUUUUGAAGACAAACCGUCACAGGCAUCUGAAGAUAGUCAAUAUUCAAUUCCUAAUUUAUUUACAUCUAGAUUAUCAUUUUAUGAUUUACCACCAAAUCAAGAAAUCACAUUAGAAGAAUUUGAACUAUGGGCUAUAGAUAGAUUAAAAAUUCUUAUAGAGAUUGAGUCAUGUGUUGCUAGAUCGAAAACUCCAAAAGACGUAGAAACUAGUAUUAAACCAUUAUUAUUAAAAUAUUUACCAUUAAGUCCUGCUGUCAAUUUAAACGAAAAAGUUAUUGUACAAGAAAGAAUGAAAGAUUAUUAUAGUCAUUUCAUUUUAAGAUUAGUAUUUUGUCGAUCUGAAGAACUUAGAAAAAAAUUCAUUAAAAAUGAAACCAUGUUAUUUAAAGUGAGAUAUAAUAUGUUACAGCCUAAAGAACAACAAGAAUUUAUUGAAUUGAAUUCAUAUAAAUUAUCAUGGAAAUAUAUUUCUUCAAAAGAAAAAAAUGAAUUAAUAGAUAAAUUAUUUGCAGCAAGUGGGAAUAUAUUGAAACUGCAAUAUAUUGCAGAUUCGGGUGAUACACUCAAUUUAAACAAUGAACAAACAAAACAAAUGAUGAUUCAAAAAGAAAAUUUCAUCAAAUUACCAUUUGAAAAAAUUACUCAACUAGUUUCUUCAAGAUCAGUUUAUUUACAAGAAGGAUAUGGUUAUUUACCUACAUCUUUACAAUUAAAUUUAUUAGCCAUUGAAUUUCAAAAUAAUUUAAAUCAAAUAUUGAUAAAAACAUUUCAAGCAAUUCCAAGAUUGGAAGAAGAUGAUAGAUUAUUACCGUUAUUAAAUAAUUUAUCAAAAAACUUUUCAAAUUUCCAAUACGAAGUCGAUAUGGAUAGUGAAUUGACUUCAGACAUAAAUGCAUUAUCUAUUACUUCAAAACAAAUCAUGUCUCACUAUCCUUUAUGUGCAAGUCAUUUACAAAAGAAUUUGAUGAGUUCAUCACAUUUGAAAUACUUAGGAAGACAACAAUUAGGAAUAUUCCUAAAGGGUAUAGGGUUAAAUGUGGAUGAAGCUAUUAAAUUUUGGUCUCAACAAUUUACAAAGAAUGGUAGUAUGAGUCAAGAAACAUUCAAUAAACAAUAUAAAUAUAAUGUCAGACAUCAAUAUGGAUUAGAAGGUGCUAGAAUCAAUUAUAAACCAUGGGAUUGUGCAACCAUUUUAAGUAAACCAAAACCUGGUUCAAAUGAAUAUCAUGGAUGUCCAUAUCGUGAUUUUUCACAAACUCAAUUAACUCAUAGUCUUGAUGAGAUGGGAAUAAAGAAUCAACAAGAUUUGAAUGCAAUAAUGGAUGAUGUUAGUAAUCGAGAUUAUACUGUAGCAUGUACAAGAGUCUUCGAGUUAACUCAUCAAAAAGUAAAGAGUGCUAAUCCUAAUGCUCCUCAAGAACAUAUUAGUCAUCCAAAUUUAUACUUUGAUAGAAGUAGGCAGUUGGAAAGAAGUGCAACAACCAGCGUGGAAAGUAAGUAA